AUGGUAGCUUUAGCUACAGCUGGGCGUUAUGUGGAAAGUGAAAUUAUAGAAGCUAAAAAAUAUGUAUUACAACUUUUAUUAACCAUAUCUACAUCAGAACAUUCAUUGCUUGCUUUUCUGCCUGCCAACAAUUUAGAUAGAAUUGGAGAGGAAGCCCUAGAUUUACUGAUAAGAAGUGCACCAGAUGUAAAUGAAUGGGCUAGCCCUUUAGAAUUAUCGUGUAAAUUGGGAGUUUCCCGACCUUUAAAUUUUAUUUGUUUGGAAGGACAUUUUACCGAAAAACAAUUUUCUUCUUUUCUUUUUGUUGUUUUAAAUUUACCUGAGAAAGAAAGAGUAAAUGUUUUGUCUUCUUUAUUAAAACAAAAUAUUCCUUUACCUGUUAAUUCUGAAUUUUUAAUUAAAUGGGCAGGUGAAGCAGAAGAUAAGCAUUUCUUCAAUACUAUCGUUCUUGGACAAUUACUUGGUUUACAAAAUUUGCAACAACUGACGCAUAUUGAUGAGAAUAUUGCUUCUAAAUUUAAUAAUCUAUUGACAGAAUUAUCUGGUGGUCUUUGUAAUAAUAUUUUUCCAUCAGAAUUAUUUAAAAUUUCUCAACAAAAUAAUUUAUCAACAACAAAAUUCCAACAACAACAAUUAUUAAAAGAUACAGAAAUACCUUUUAGAAUAUUUACUUUUUGGUCUUUAUUUUUACUUCAAACAGAAGAUGUUUUAAUUUUUUGUUCUUUUUCUAACGAGCCAAUAGCCCUUUCCUUAAUUUUAUCAAAAAUUUCAAAAGAAUUGGCUAAAAAAUGUAAUCAAUGGAUUUUAUAUAAAAAUAAAUUGAAAAAACUUUCUUUUAAAUUAAUUAAUUUUGCUGUUAAAUUAAUUGAUUGUGCUUAUUCUAAAAAUCAAAAUAAGGCUUAUAAUGCUUUAUGCAGACCUUUACCUUCAGUUUACAGAAGAUUGACGUUGAUACAAUUGGCUUUUGAAACAAAUGCCAAAGCUUUUAUUUCACACGAAUGUUGCCAACAUUGGAUUCAACAAUUUCUUUAUGGCCAAAUACAAAUACAAACAAUUUCCAAUCGUUAUAUACUUCCUGAUUGGAUUAAAAUUUUAUUAAGUUCUUUAUUUGUUUUUCCGUCAAUUUUUUGGAUUCGGCCAACUAAUCAAGUAUUUGGAAAUUUUUUAGAAUUUAAAAAUCUUUAA